AUUCAUCUUAGGGAAACCUACAACAUUGGUUUAAGUGAAGAGGUGUUUGUUUGGUUUUGGGGGAGAGAAGAGUGUUAUAUGUUAUGCAAUAGAUAGUUCCAGUUUGGUAAUCCUUUUGAUGAAAAGGGGUAGUUGAAGUGCAGAAGAGGAGAUAGUGCGUUUUUAUGUAGAGUGAACCCAUUUGCCAGCACACACACAAGACCAUGGCACUCUCGUGAGAGUAACAAAAGAGGAAAAAUUUUAUAGCCUGUGCCUUACCCUACGCACUUCCUCUCUCUUAUCCUUUACCAUUCAUUAUCUGAGUCCACUCACAAGUAUCCCCAAUUUCCAAGGGACCCCCCUUCCUUCCCCUGCAAUUUGAAUCUUUGAUUUUGUGCAGUUAAACAAUAACCAACGUCUAAUGAUAAUAAACGUUAAAUGCACGUCGAGGCAGUUUCAGCGAGUUUCUCUCACCCAUUACUCCAAAUGUUGUUUGCCCUCUCUGUGUUCUUAUUACCGUGUCCCGAUCUGCUUAGAUUUGGGCUUUAUUUGAUGAUAAAAAUCUACCCACUUGUUUUUCUUGGGUGUGAUUGUCAAAUUCGUUCUCCGAUAGAUCUGAGUCUCUGUAAAGAUAUUUACAGCAGGGAAAAGGAUUUACUUUCUAGAUAAUUUGGUGCGGUUGAUUUAUUCCGUUGAAUGCGGGACUCAUGAUUGUCAAGGGUGCUGAAUCUGGUUAGCUUGGUGAAAAUUUCAAUCAAUGUGGGCUAACAGGGAUAGUUAGGGUGAAUGGAUGUAUGUGAGUCAGGGCAAGCAUCAGGGAAGAACAAAGCUGCGGAAACCCCAAGAAGAGUAAAACCAUCCUUGAUUUUGACAGAAAAGAACAAUGCAGCCACCACGAGGCGCUCAAGAACAAGGGAAGUUAGUUCUAGAUAUAAGUCACCAACUCCUGCUAGCCCUUCUACUCCUCGUAGAUGCCCUUCACCAAUUGUUUCAAGAACAACGCCUGCAUCCUCCUCCCACUUGUUUCCAAAGAGGUCUCUAUCUGCAGAAAGGAAGAGGCCUUCAACUCCUACUUCUCCAACGCCACCAAGACCGUCUACGCCUACCAAUGACUCAUCUGUUGAUGGAAAAUUGUCAUCACGAAGGAGUAGCCGUUUGCCAGACAGUCUAUGGCCUUCCACAAUGCGUAGUCUGAGUGUUUCUUUCCAGUCAGAUACCAUUUCCAUACCUGUUAGCAAGAAAGAGAAGCCGGUUGCUAGUGCUUCGGACCGCACUCUGCGUCCAUCUUCAAAUGUGGCACACAAGCAGGCUGAAACUCCAACCACAAGAAAGCCUACGCCAGAAAGAAAGAGGAGUCCCCUUAAAGGGAAGAAUGCUUCUGAUCAGUCUGAGAAUUCAAAACCAGUUGAUAGCUUGUCUUCUCGGUUAAUAGAUCAGCAUCGGUGGCCUAGUAGGAUUGGUGGGAAGGUAUCUUCUAAUGCAUUAAACAAAAGUGUCGAUUAUGCUGAUACCAGAAAGUUGAACACUUCAUUUCCGGGAACUGCUGUUUCUUCAUUGAGAAAAUUAUCUCUAUCAGAUGAAUCAAGUAAACCCUUGCAAAGGGCUUCUAGUGAUUCUGGAAGGCUAUUAUCGCUUUUUGGAAGUGGCAGAAUAGGAGGUGAGCUGAAACCAGUUGGUGAAUGUUUUCCACACGAAUUAAGACCUCAAAAGUCUGUUACUGCAACUGCAACUGAUAAAGCAGGACUUGCAUUUGGUGGAGUCAGAUCUCAUUCCUUGUCAGCUCCAGGAUCACGAUUGCCCUCACCUAUUAGGACCUCAGUGCUAUCCUCUUCUAGUUCAAGAGGUGUCAGUCCAUCUAGGUCAAGGCCAUCAACUCCUCCUUCUAGAGGGGUUAGUCCAUCUCGAAUUAGACCAACCAAUUCAACCAUUCAAUCAAACAGUUCAAUUUCAGUGCUAAGCUUUAUUGCUGAUUUUAAAAAAGGGAAAAAGGGUGCAGCCUACAUAGAAGAUGCUCACCAAUUACGUCUUCUCUACAACAGAUACUUGCAAUGGAGGUUUGCCAAUGCAAGAGCUGAGGCUGUACUUUAUAUCCAAAAGGCAAUUGUGGAGAAAACUCUAUAUAAUGUAUGGAUUACCACUUUGUCACUGUGGGAGUCUGUUAUUAGGAAGAGAAUCAAUCUUCAGCAGCUGAAGCUCGAACUUAAGCUGAAUUCAAUUUUGAAUGAUCAAAUGAUGUACCUUGAUGAUUGGGCGGUACUUGAAAGAGAUCAUAUUGAUGCUCUAUCUGGGGCUGUGGAAGACUUGGAGGCCAGCACUCUUCGUCUUCCUGUAACUGGAGGAGCAAUGGCAGAUAUUGAGCAUUUGAAGGUUGCUAUCUGUCAAGCUGUUGAUGUCAUGCAAGCAAUGGGAUCUGCAAUAUGCCCUUUGCUCUCGCAGGUUGAGGCCAUGAACAAUUUAAUUUCUGAAGUUGCUUUCAUAGCAGUUCAGGAAAAGACCAUGCUUGAUGAAUGUGAAAUGGUACUGGCUUCAGUAGCAGCUAUGCAGGUUGAGGAAAGUAGCCUUCGGACGCAUCUCAUGCAAAUCAAGCAAACUUUGGGCAUAAGCAAGUAACCAAUUUCGGAAAUUUAAACAAGCACGAACCUGACCUGCUGCCAAGCUAACAAGUAAUAACUUAUCUUUUGCGGCUUCAGCCAUACCAUCCAUAUCUAAUAUCUUUCAGGUUCUUUACCUUUGUAAAUUUUCGAAUAGGUUUUUUAUUUUUUCUCCGGUUAAAUAUGCUGGAAUCGAUAUUGUUUUUUAUUACCCUUUGUUUUUUUUUCCCCUUCAUCUUUUUCCCCAAUACUAGAGGCCGUAGGUUUCCACUUGUAAUUUUGUACCAGGCAAAGGAAAAGAAAAUGAAAAGCAAUGGAGCAAAAUGUCAUCUAAAUUUACGUACGUUUUGCUAUUAUCAUAUUUAUCAGCAGCUUUGUAAUUUUGUAGCAGAAGUUUCUCAGCAUGGCUGAGGUUAAUAUAUUAUACAAACUGGCUUA